AUGUUGGUCUCUCUCACCGUCGGCAAAGUCGAUGCCGGCGUGACUGUCCUCUUGACCCCAGACAAGCGCCUGAUCGAGUUCCCCUCCAUCCUCCUGCCGCCAAACAUCGUCUCAGGCUCCAUCGUCGACAUCACCGUAGCCCGCAACCACGAAUCCGAGAACAAGGCCGACUCGCGCUUCUCCGCCCUCCAAGACCAGAUCUUCUCGUCGUUCGGCGCCUCCGAGCCGAGCACCCCCAUCCUCCGCUGCCGCAAUGCCACCCAGACCUCCCUCGUGCUGGAGUGGGACCCCAUCGAGCUCGCGACGGCCGACCUGAUCUCGCUGUCGCUGUUCCGCAACGGGCAGAAGGCGGGCAACAUCCCCCGCCCGCUGCAGAUGCACAGCACCAAGAUCAGCGGCCUGGCCGUCGACACCGAGUACACGUUCCACCUGGUGCUGCGCACGACGGCCGGCACCUACGCCAGCAAGCAGGUCGUGGCGCGCACCCACAAGAUGACCGACCUCAGCGGCAUCACCAUCACGACGGGCAUCCUGCCGGCAGCGCAGCGCGAUGGCCUCGCCCAGGCCGUCGAGCGCAUCGGCGCCAAGAUGGUCGACGGCGUCCGCAUCGACACCACCCACUUCGUCACCACCGAGGGCCGCGGCGUGCCCUGGGAGAAGGCCGUCGAGAUGAACAUCCCCGUCGUCCGCCCCGAGUGGGUCGAGGCCUGCGAGAAGAACGGCCGCAUUCUUGGCGUUACCAAGUUCUACCUCGACGCCGUGCGGCCGGGCCCCGACGAGGCGCAGACGAGGAAUACGGCUUCGCCGGCUCCGGCACCGGCACAAGCACAGAAGGACUUGCCGGAGACACCGGCGGCGGCGGCAGCUUCCAAUGGGGAAAGCAAAGAAGCUGGGGAGAAGAAGCAGGCGGCCGAGGAGAGCAGUAGCGAGUCAGACGAUGAUGAGGACGAGGGUGGCGAAGGCGAGAAAGCCAAGGCCACCGACGAACAGAAGAUGCGGCGUGAGGACAAGGAGGAGCAGAAGAUAGCCUUGCGGCCAGGUCAGUCCUCAACUUCUCCGGGGCAGGGUCUGGGAGACGACAACGACGACAACGAGAGCACAGACGAGAAGGCGGUUGCCCCGUCCCCAGGCGACGGGGCGUCUUUCCAGGACGUGGCACUAUGA